CUGGGCCGUUGCGGGAUGUGGCGGCAUGCGGGGCAGCUGUGGCGCGUGGCGAGGCCGUGGGGGCGGAGCGGGGGCUGGGCGGCCGCCUCGGCGGCGCCGGUUGGCGCGGGCUGGGGCUGGGGCUUGGGGCUGACGGACGCGGUGCCCGUGCACUGGGCGGAGGGCGGGCUGCAGGCGCUGCAGGCGGCCACGGGGCUGCCCUGGUGGGGCAGCAUCGUCUGUGCCAGCGUCGCGCUGCGCACCGCGCUCACGCUGCCGUUGGCCGCGCACCAGGGCGUCGUCGUGGCCAAGUUAGAAAAUUUGCGGCCUGAAAUAGAAAACCUAGCAAAGCAUCUUCGCUAUGAAGUUGCAGUUUUUGGAAAGCAACAGGGUUGGUCUGAAAAGGUUUCCAGGUUCCAUUUCAAGAAAAACCUACGAAGAAUUAUUUCAGAAUUAUAUGUUCGAGACAACUGCCAUCCCUUCAAAGUCAGUUUGCUAAUGUGGGUUCAGAUUCCCGUGUGGUUCUGCGUGUCCAUUGCUUUGCGCAACUACAGUGUAGGUGCUGUAGACUCUGAAGUUCAGGAACAGUUUUGUUCGGGUGGAAUUCUGUGGUUUACAGACCUCACUGUACCAGAUUCUACAUGGAUUUUGCCAGUUGCGCUUGGGCUCCUCAAUUUGUUAAUAGUGGAGAUCUUUUCUUUUAGAAACCAUGAGCUAUCCAGGUUCCAGAAGUUGGCUACCAUCUUGGGUCGAGGGAUGUGUGUAGUAAUGAUCCCUAUUGCUGCUACAGUCCCUUCAUCUAUGGCUUUGUAUUGGUUGUCCUCCAGCUUCAUGGGACUCUUGCACAACCUGUUGCUGCUCUCUCCUACUUUUCGUCAACUGUGCCACAUACCAAAGACCAAAUCCUGUUCUGACACUCCUUACAGGGAUAUUGUCUCUGCAUUUUAUGCCAGACGCUUCUUAAAGUGAUUCAUUUUGUCCUGUUGGAAGAGCUACUCCAUAAAAGCAACGAGGGUCAUUGAGAAUAAAGUACUGAAAUGUAUAUUUAAUUGUAUACUGCUGCCUUUAGAAUUAUGUUUAUGUCCCUAACCAAGUAGUGGUUGUCUGAUAUCAUGAGAAAUGCACUGGGUAUUUUUGAUUGCUUGGCAGGCUAGAUUUUGUUUCAAGGAUGAUGUUUUGUAAGUAUGUAAGCAAGAUGGGAUGAAGAUGGAUGUUAAAUAAAACUGGAUGAUGGAA